UAAAAGUAGAAGGACACAAAGGCCUCCGAUGGGGAUGGGGGUUGAAAGAUAAAAAGAUGGCGCUGCCCAUGUUAAGAGGUUGUUACAGAUUUCCAUUAACAUUUAGCUUUACUCGCCUGUUUUUAAAUGAAAGUAUCCCCCUGAACCGGUUCGGUAAAACACGAUUAACGCCUCCAUCAGCUGUCGUUACGGAAGCAGCAGUCCGCCCGUACAGCUCCGACCAGGGAGGGCAAAAACAGAGCCAGAAGCUUAUGGUAGUCGGUAUCCCGAACCCUUUCAUCUGGUUCCGCACGCAGAUUUACUACUUUCUGAUCAGAGCGUACUUCGAUAAAGAGUUCAACAUCGAAGAGUUCACAGAAGGAGCGAAGCAGGCCUUCUCCCACGUUUCCAGACUCCUGUCACGGUGUCAGUUUGAAGCCUUAGAGGGGCUUGUGGCUAAAGACUUGAUUGGAAAACUUGAGGAGAAGUGCAACCUGCUGCCACUGAACUACAAGGAAGCCCUGUCUGCAGAUCCUGAUGAGAUCAUGUACACAACACCUGGAGAUGUGGGAAUUUAUUAUGAUGAUAAUGGGAGAAGGUUUGUCAGUAUUCUGAUGCGUUUCUGGUAUCUGACAAGCGCACACCUUCCUGACAACACCAUAGAAGGAACUCGCACAUUCCAUUUGGCCAUUGGUGGAGAGGGAGAAGCAGAAACAAAGAAACUGCUAAGUGCAAACUAUGAAUUCCAAAGGGAGUUUACUAAAGGGGUGCCCCCAGACUGGACCAUAACAAGGAUAGAGCACUCCAAGCUUUUGGAUUGAGGUGCCUCUCUUUAGUAUUUGGUUACAUUAAACUGAAGCUAAAAAAUGCUCAAGAUUGGAAGGGAAAACGACACGCAGCCCUCAACCGGGCGAUCAGAGGAAUUCAAUAACACAAACCAGAAGUUCCCACAGAGGCUGCCCACAACUGUCUGCAGCAUGUCACUGUUUCCGACUGUGUUUUUACUAUCUCUAACAUUCAAGAAACCAACGAUUACAACCUGACUACUUUUGUCAGGAAUCCAGCUAGAGAAAUCAAAUAUUAUUUUCAGAUACAUCAUACCCUUAUUUUAACAGCUGUAUAAUGACAGAUGGGUGGGUUUACUGCAAAGGACUUAAUAGUGAGAUCAGAUGAUUUCAAAAGGCUUUUUAUGAUGGUCCUGAUGUAAUAAAUACAUCCAG